GAUAUAACAAGAUAUAAUUAAUUAAGUGUGCAAGAGGAUAUGAGAGAUGUCGGGACACAUUGUUGUGGUGGCAGCAGCAGCAGCAGCAGCUGGUUGAGGGACGGGGUCGGUCUUGACUAUCUUCAUGGAUGAAUGAGCAUCAUCCAGGAUGGGUGCAGGGUGGAGUGAAGUGGGAGUUGAAGGUGUACCUUUGGAAUUAGUUUAUCGUGUUCUCUGCCAUGUGUCUCUGCGGGACCUGACAACUCUCUCGGCCACCAGUAAAUAUCUACAAAGCCUUAUUGAUGAGUCACCAUUGAUUUGGUCUCAUGUUCACACAAAGGAAUUAUGGCCUAAUGAGAAAACUUGGCACUGGUUUCAAAGAGCAGCCCUCUCUGGUAAUGUAGGAGCCAGCAUUAAGCUAGCUGUUGCUCUGCUAUACAACGAAGGAGUGAUUUUGGGUAAACCAGUUCUGAAUGGAGAUCUUGCUGUAGCACUUUUUGAACAUCUGGAGAUGGCAGGAACUCUGGGGCCACGACUACAGCUGUGGUUAUUGUAUCGGCCACCCUGGGGUACACAACCACUAUGUUGUAAACGCUACGUAUAUACUCGAGUUGCACACAUUGCUCAAAUGACUGGUGCUUCUUGGGCCUUUAGAGUUUUAAGUCGAAUAUCAGAAGUUGUUGGGGAUGACGGAAUUCAUACAUGUCUUGAUUGUUUUCGUGUCAAUUGGGUCAAAACUGCUGCACAGGGAGGUGACACCCAUGCCCGUCUCUUGCAGUGGCGAUCUCGAUAUGAAAAAAGGCACCUUAAAGGAACCUUGGAUCCUGGAACUGAAUUGCAAGCUAGCCGUGAGCUUCGAGAACUCUGUCUCACUGGAUACUAUCCAGCAGUUUUAACUCUCUCGCACUUCCUUGCAACUACUAGAGAUGCAAGCAAGCAGUGUUUCCAUGAGAUAAGAGAGUUGCUUCACAACAGCCCACCAUCUCGCACAUUUGAUGCUCUUAAUUAUCAACUGCAUGUCACGCCACAUAUGCAUCAUGUGUUGGUGGACUGGCUCUGUGAAGUUGCUAACAUGAAAUUUCAUACCUCACAAGUUUUACAUGCAGCAACUCAGAUUGUGGAAGCUUACUUGAGUGUCGAACAAGUGAAGUGUAACCAGCUGCAGCUUGUAGGCAUCACUGCUAUUCUUCUAGCAACCAGGUUUAUCCCAGGUGCAUCUAUUCUAACUAUCCGUGAAGCAUCCUGGGUCACUGACAAUACCUAUACCUAUAACCAUGUUGUCCGCACUAUUGGGCACAUCAUGGCAGCUCUCAAGGCAAAUCUUGCUCUUCCUACAAUUCUAGACUAUGCUUCAGUGUUGCUGGAAUGUGUAAAAGCCCCAGUAAUUAUUCAAGAAUGGACUCGAUUUUUGUGUGACUUGGCUACUACUUGCUCUUUCCCUCCAAGAAUCACAUUGGCACAGAUUGGUAGCUCAUGUGUUCUUCUUGGAUACAUUCUUUCUCGAUCACCCUUGCCUAACCUACCUGUCAUAACCGGCUUUACACAGUAUCAACUGCUCCAGCCUGCUGUGAUUAUAUAUUGUAAAAAUUUUGAUAUAGAUGGUAGUAAGUGUCAGCGUCGUGGGAUUAUAGAUCGGUACAGUUUACCAAACUUCACAAAUGCACAAGUAGGCCAAUUGCCUGUGCCACCCUUGGAAGACUUCUUGGCUACUCUGUCUCUAAGUGAAACUGAUUAUCUACAAAUGGUGACUGUCCCCAGUAUUCGAGAUGGUGUAAACAUUUCAAGUAUGGAUACUGAUGCUGCAAGCAGUGGAGUAACUUGUAGUGAAAGAAUAAAUAGAAAUCAGCAGUUAAGACAAAUUGAAAAGCCACUUCAGCAGUUCUGUCAGCAAAAACAAAACACUCAAGAUUUAAAGCCACCUUUCAGAGGUAUAAACAAAGUAAUGGAUUAUAAUAUGGAAAGUAAUAAUGAUGGAUGUGCAAGUGAUAACUGGAACAUUGGUGAGAAAGGUGAAGCAUCUUCAGGUGCUUAUAAUAAGGUCAGUGAUAUCAGAAUGGACUUCAGUGACGAUGAAUUGUCUCAGGAUUCUAUAAAUAAAAUGUCUCCUCGUAAACAAAAAUUCUCAUCUAUGAGGACAGGUAUUGAAACAGAUUCUAAUGAAGAGGGUAUACAUUCCAGACUUCGCUCGAUACAUAAGAAUAACCCUGGGAAUCUCUUUGCUUCAGUUCAUUUGUGGGAGGAAGUAGACAAUAAUAAACUAAGCUUGAAUCCUAGGCAUUGUGAAUCUCCAGAAGCUAAAGUGAUACCAAGUGAAGUGAUGCUUGAAACUUUGAGUGAAACUACAGACAGUGAAGAAAAUUUAGACAUUUUACCCCCUACAUGUGAAGGUGCAGGAGCCAAGUAUACAAAAGUUAGUCUUAAAAGAAAACUUGAAAAUGCAUCUAGUAGUGAAAGGUCUGAAAAAUGCCUGAUUUUAGAUGUUGGGAAUUUACAGUUAAGCUAAUCACAAUUUUGGAGUACCAUAUUUUUUAAAUAUUUGUUAUAAAGAACGAUUUCCUUUAGUAAUGACGGUCUUCCAGACAAUGCAUAAAAAUUAAUGAAGUCAUAUUAUAAAAGUGUGUUUUGUAUACUGUUCCUACAUUUUAAUUUAGCUCAUUAAUAAAGGAAAAUUCUAUGCAUCA